UCCCGCACUUUCGCAGCAAGGUUUGCAAAUGGUAUAUGACCGUCACGAGCGUAAAGACAGCCUCGGUUUCCACCCUGCCAACAAACUUGCCGAGGCCGCUUAUAUGCAGCAACGCAAAGGCAGCCAAGAGGAAGGAUUAAUGGCUCCCGUGGCCGCGUCCUGCUGGCGGCUGUCCCGCCAGCCCUGCCCGCCUGGCGCUGCCCUUUGCCCGCGGCAGCCUCCACGUGGCCACGCAGGGCCGGAGUCCACCGACGGCCGAGCCAUGGACCGCUUCGCCAUCCUCGUGGGCACAGCUCUCCUCCUGCAAGUCCCUGGGGACACCCAGGCGCUGAGCAACACCAGAGGAAAUCAGCUGCCUACUGAUCUGGAUUUCAUCAAGGAAAUCAUCCUGGGCAUAAGAGCUGUUGAGCCUCCAGAAGAGAGUGAGAUAACUGUAGAUGCUGAACCAGGAAUAAAGGUCUUCAGCGAUGCACAAGCCUGGAGAGGCCCCUCCGGAGCCCAGGCCAUAGAAGGACCUGAGGAGGACCGCGAUCACCUCCACCAUCCCGAAGGCAAUGGAGUUGAACAUGCAGCACAUGUGCAGCGCCUGGCUCUGCCCCGCAAGGUGCAGAGCGGCCCAGAAGAAGACCGGGACCAUAUCCACCAUGGCCGAGAGGAGGAGAUGUGACUCCACCUGGGAUAAUAAAAGGGGGAUCUGAGCUGCCCCAGCUUCUCACCGCAGCCCUGGGUUUCCUCAGGGAGAUCUCUCAUCUCCGUACCUGGCCUUCAAACCCCUUCAAUAAACCUCAUUUUCUCUGCUCCCCA